CCUAAAAGACGUAGCUGUGCUCUGUGUAGGCUAUAUGUGUGUCCUGUGUGUGUGUGCAUCCAGUGUGUGUGUGUGUCCUGUUUGUGUGUGCGUGUGUCUGUGUGUCGAGCCGGCACGCUUCAGUGCGCACCAGUGCGCCUCCUGACGAAGAUAAUAAGUGUGUGUGUGUGAGAAGAGUGGAACGCAGUAACGAGGCAGACUCUGCUGUGAUAACUCUCGCUCUCUGACGGUAACAACAGUGAACGGAAAGACGAACCGUUACCGGUGGUAGACUGCACCUGCUGAAGACCAGUCUCCUCACGCGAUCAGGUCACGGCAAUAUUUGCGAACCGUCAGGGCCAGUAGAAGAAUGGAGCACAGUUUUCUACCUCGUUCUCUCUGGACCAGUGAGAGUAAAUUCCUCCAGCACGCCACGGACCUCUACACCAGCGUGGUGGUCACGCGCGACAUCCCAGCUGGCACAUCUUUUGGCCCGUGCGUUCUCCAAAACACCUUCUACGACACCAUUGCGUUUAUAGCACUAAAGUCCUGCGACAAGAUAAAUAAAUCUUACUUAUUUAGGGUCGACCCAGAGGCGAUGCAAAGCUCUUCCCUCGUGCUCUCCUGGCUACGGCUGGUGCAGGCCGCGCGCAGCCGCGAGGAGCAGAACACCGAGGCUUACCUGAAGGCGGGGCAGCUUUAUGUCCGGACCACACGGGACAUCAGGCACGAAGAGGAGCUGCUGGUGUGGUACGACCAUGAGCUAUCUCACCUCCUGGGUUUCACAGAAAUGGCAGCAACAGAACCCGCUGCAGAAUUCAGAUGCAUAAAGUGUACCCAGGCCUUCAAGCACGAGUACCCCUUCCUUGCGCACUGCCGGUUCCUGUGCACGCAGGUGAAGAAUGACGCGCUAAGCAGAGAGGCCUACGAGCACAAACACAUGGAGAUUAAGAGACAACACCGCGUCUUGGACUUCCACAACAUAGCCAGAGAUCUAGAACACAAGAAAUCCAACACCCCCAACCAAGAGGAAGCUGAUAUUUCCCCGCGCAAAAGGAAGCAGGAGGAGACGGUUUAUCCACGGGGGAGGAAGUCGGUGUUGCUGGAAAAGACGAACAUCUCCAACGAUAGCAAUAUAACACAGUUAAACCGGGACUACCACCUCACAGCACCGGAGUCAUCCGCCUCCGGUCUGAAACUGAGGACGGACAAGUGUCAGCUGAAAAUUGACGAGCUGAAAACUGACCAUUUGGAAUGUAAAAACGGCACGUUAGGAGCGUUAGAAGUUGGAGUGGCGAAAAGGGCUUUUAUGCAUGAAAAGGAAAGGACAGCCGAUGACUACAGACAGACGGGUCUGGAGCAAGGGAGGCCUGAUAGUCUUCACUCAAACAGCAGUAGUCGAAGAAGUGCGUUUUCGUUCGUCCUGUCCGGUGAUCAAGAGCAGAAGAGCGCUUUCUGUAAACCCAGCAAGAGACUCCCCCCUACCGACCCCACUCCAGACCGAGCCACCGUCACUGCGCUAACGGCUCGUUCCAGCCGUUUAACUGACAUGGCCCACGCUUUUACAUCAAAAUCUGUUUUGGGGUACAACAGUAUGUUGUCAUCUAAUGUUUUGAACGGAGAAUUACCAGGUCCACAGACCUUACCUUUGCCCGUUAGCGGAAACGCUUUUCCCUAUGCCCCAGAUCACUGGUCGAGAAAUAUUGGAGCUCAGCUGCAGACCACCUGCUCUCUCACAGUCCUCCCACCAACAUUCACCUCGUUUGGGGUGUCGGUACAGAACUGGUGUGCGAAGUGUAAUCUGUCCUUCCGCAUGACCUCGGACCUGGUGUUCCACAUGCGCUCGCACCACAAGAAGGAGUUCGCGCCGGAAUCCCAGGUGAGGAGGAGGCGAGAGGAGAAACUAAUCUGCCCCAUCUGCAACGAGUUCUUCCGCGAGCGGCACCAUCUCUCGAGACACAUGACUUCUCAUAAUUAAAUAUGGACACUUUGACAGAAAAAAGCAGGCGAUGGUUCUAACUCAAUCUAUCUACAGGGUUGUGUUAAAACCUUCUUGGCCAUUAUGUUUACAGCAAAAGUCAUAGUGGCAUAUUAGAUAUAUCUUUCGUGAUGGGAAUUUAAAUGUGAAAACCAACUGAAUGUGGGUCCGCGCAGUGCAACUGAAUCAAGGCUACAUAAUUACGCAUUAUGAGCACACGUAAUGGUGGCCAGUGUCCGCUAGAUGGCGAUAUACACACAUGUAACCUACCUGUCAAAUCACCGAUAACGGAAAUUGAGUUGACAGCCGGUAAGUGUUUUAUGUAAGUGGGAAAAUAACCUGUCUGAACUGUGCCUUAGGAAACUCAGGUGGGAAAGAAGAGAUUUGAGGUGGAUGAAAUGCAUAUAGAUGUAUGUGAUUGUUACAAAUAUACUGAUGUCCCUAUCCUCA